AUGAUCGAUCUUGCAGUCACAACGGAACCUCUAACCGACUGCGCUACAUUCGCCUUAUCUCCUAUGCGAUGUAUCUAUAUAAAUAUAGGAUCUUCUCGUUGCUCAUCUGCCUCAAAGAAGCCUCCGCUGCCUGCCUUCACCUCUUCGGAACGGACCGAAUCCUUAGUGGUGAGUUUCUUUUCGCCGGAAAAUCCUCGACCCGGCCCAUUCUUCGGCCUUUUCCACUCGUGCUCUCCUCCGUCUCUCCCUCGGUCGGCCUCCUUGAAACGUCCGAGGUCGUUUCCGUGGACUGGCAGCGCAUAA